GUGAAUCUCACAGAAGAAGCUGUUCGCGUAGUCGAGCUCUUCACUAGAGUGUAUCAAAAUUCAUCACAAUUUACUGUUAAAUCAUAUCUUCUACUAGAUUUAAAAUUGAAAACAGCUGGUCGAAAUGGCAUCGGACUGGGUUGGUAGUCUUGUUUCAAUCCACUGUGGACCAACACUAGGAGUGUAUCAAGGACAAGUAUCUUCAGUAGAUCAGACCAGUCAAACCAUCUCUCUCAGACAUCCCUUUCACAAUGGAGUGAAGUGCACUGUGCCUGAGGUCACCUUCAGUGCUAUGGACAUCAAAGAUCUUAAAAUCCUGGACUUCCACAAGAACCUCAAUGAUAUUCCGAAACAGAAUGGCCCCGAUCCCAACUCCACAUCGACACAGCAUGGUGGACGUAAGGACAAGGGUGGAGGCGUCCCAGUAAACAUUGCUCCCGUCACAGUACCUAAUAAAACUGAGACUAAACCACAGGAAGAGGGGGUCUCUCCAGUUCCACAUUACUCUAAAAGUUAUGGUGACCGUAACAUGGACAUGACUGUCCAAAGUAAAGGCUUUAGACGAAGACACAACUCCUGGUCGUCUAGUAGAGCUCCAAAUCAGGCCACACCCAAAAAGAACGGGGGUCUUAAGAAUGGGGGUCAUAUGAAGAAUAAAGACGAUGAAUGUUUUGGAGACUGCAAAGAUGACGUUCCCGACGAGGACUUUGACUUCGAGGGAAACCUCGCGCUGUUUGACAAAGCGGCGGUAUUCUCGCAAAUCGACUCCUCAGAGCGACGAGGCAAUGGGGCGAGAUCCCGAGGAACGCCUGGGGAGCAGACGCAAUCGCGAUACCGUCACGACGAGAACAUUAUAGAAGCAAAGCCCGUCGUUUACAGACAGAUCACAGUUCCUCAGCCCGGAACAAAAGAGUAUAGCACUGAUUCAGGGUUGGUGGUACCCAGCAUCUCUUUUGAAUUACACAAGCGUUUGUUAGCAGCAGCAGAAAGCCACGGCCUGUCUCUGGAGCGCAGGCUUGAGAUGACCGGUGUGUGUACUAGUCAGAUGGCCCUCACGUUACUUGGAGGCCCAAACAGACUUACCCCAAAGAACGUGCACCAGCGUCCCACGGUGGCCCUGCUGUGUGGACCACAUGUCCAGGGAGCUCAGGGCAUCAGCUGCGGACGCCACUUGGCCAAUCAUGAAGUAGAGGUCAUCCUUUUCCUGCCCAACUUUGUCAAGAUGUUGGAGGCCAUUACCAGUGAGCUGGCCCUCUUUAGAAAGACAGGGUUCAAAUUGGUGUCUAAUGUUAAAGACUUGCCCGACACACCAGUUGACCUGGUCAUAAACUGCCUCGACUCUCAUGAAAACGGGUUCUUGAGAGACCAGCCGUGGUACAAGACCGCUGCCGACUGGGCCAACCAGAACCGAGCACCUGUGCUGAGCAUUGACCCUCCAGUGAGCGGACAGGCACAUGCCGUGGAAGCUAAGUGGUCGCUUUCGCUCGGUCUCCCCCUGCCGCUGUCGGAGGGGGCCGGCCGGGUCUACCUUUGUGACAUUGGCAUCCCCCGGCAGGUGUUUCAGGAAGUUGGAAUCAAAUACCACUCCCCCUUCGGCUGUAAGUUUGUCGUCCCGCUGCACUCUGAAUGAACCUUUGAUCAGGUCACAGAAUCUGAACCUGCCUUAAAGAUUUGGAAAUGAAGGCCUGUUGGGACGAAUCAGCUAUUCUACUGUGUUAGAACUGUAGGAGAAAUCCAAUUGAAGGGAAGUUAUGGGAGGAAUUGCUCUUGCGACAUCCCUGACGUGUUAAAAGUGGAAGAAAACACCUGUUUACUUGCUAUGUCUGCAUUUCGUUGUCUUACGAUAAACUUUCAUCUGGAUGGAUUUUCAUGAUCCAUUAACUGUGCAGUUAUUUCACGAAAACAUCAAAACUGCUUACUUGGGUCACACUUACUGGGACUUGGUUUUCUGUUAUUAUUACGUUGUUACUUAGCAUCUCAAAUUGAAGAUUUCGUUUUAACAUUAUAUACCGAUGCGCUGAUGUAUUCUUACUUUUAUUUCUUUUCCCUAGUCGGAAUGGGGUUUUCGUUUUUCCCAUCUGUUUGUGCCAGAAUGAUCAAAGUCAGUGUCGAAGCACUGAGAGUAAGGCAGUUUAUUUCGUAAUUUCUUAGAUAUUAAAACAAAGCAUUGUUUGCUUUGACUGUUGACCAAACCCAGUGUGCUGUAAAUAUAUCAGAGAGUCCUAUCAGUGAUAAAAUGUGGCACACUUGAACGAUAUAAGAGGGAAGUGAACUAUAAAACCUAGUUGGUAUUGGACCAAUUCUGACCAAUUUUAAGCAGUCGUUGGCUGAUACUAUUAAAGGCAACCCAUAAUAUUGUGCAUUUGUACUCUGCACAGGUUUUCUACUGCUGGCAAUGGCUUAUGCUAAACUUGAAGCGUGGCUGUACUUUACCUCAUUUUCAAGUUUUUUUUUUUCAAUGAGCCGUGACUCGGAUUAGCAUAAGAGUCUGAUUUUCUUCUCGUUGCUCAGAAAAUAAGCAGUCCUGGGAUUUCUUAUUGUGGAGUUGUCUUGUUUGGUCAAAUCAAACAAGGGUCUUUUAUUAGGAUCGGUGCUCCGUUGCUUUAAAUCUGCUUGCUGAAAUUGAUUCAGAAUUUUAAUCAAGAUUGUAUUAUUGUGUGCACAAGUCCGUUACAAAGCCGCUACUGGAUUUGAGAAAAAUGGAAGUUUAUGUUGCACACGCAAUUCUUUUGGGUAAUGAAUUAUUACAAAAGAGAUUGUUUUUCAAAACAAGCACUGAUAGAGAACAUUCAAACCAGCAGAUUACCAUAUGCCUUCUGAAUUAUAUGCGAGGCACUUACGAUUCUAAAAUACUCUUGGUUGGGGUAUUUAAGACGCUUGUUGGAGAAUAAUGAUUAUGAACUUUGAAAAUCUUGAUACAAGUAUGUGCUGAUGUUAUUCUGUACAACCAGUUAACCGAAGAAGGCAGAAACAAUGAGGUACUCUCAGCAGACUGUUUGGCUUUUUACUAGAACCUGUUUUUAUGUUCCUUUUGCUUGUUUGUGUCGUCUUCCAAAUUUCACGAGCCAAUAUUUUUUAUUUCAGCUUCCUCCCAUAUACAAUUUAUAGGAAGCUUCUUUUUCUUUGUGUUAGCCUUUUUAGUUUAGACUGUUUUUAUUGUUAAGCUGUCUUUGUUAUGCCAUCUUAUCUUUAUCCUUUGUUUUCAAUGAAGCCUGCACUCCAAUGUUUAUUACUGCUGUGUUCAUAAGCCACGUUUGCAGUUCAGGUAGCAUGUCGGAGUUGUUCAGUGUUUUUUCUGUUCAUUUGUUAAGCUUUGUGUGACAUCACUAAAAGCGAGCGCCCUAGUCAACAGUUUCUGUCAUGAUGAUGGUGUUAAGAAAAACCUGCUCAUUGGCUGUUCUCAGUUUGGAAAUGUUACAUUUUUUUGUGAUGUCUGUCUAUACGUUUGCCUGUAAGGUUUGAGCUUACAAAGAUUGAAUGAAUCAGUAAGAUGAUUAUUAACAGCAUUAAUAUGUUUAUUUAUAACAGGUUAAUGAUGCUAAUGAGAUUGCACGGUUUUUGAGAACCAAGCACACUGAUCUGUCAUUUUAGAAGAUGAAUGCAGACAUACGGCAGGUAUUGGGCAAUAGCAGCUCUAAAAGAACUUAAAAUGGCGCCAAAAUCAUUUGUUUGUCUUUAAAUUUAAGCCAUGGUAGACUUGGGAAUUAUACAAAUCUUUCAGCUGUACAAGCCAUUUGAAACAAUAUUUGUUUGCAUUUAGCAUGUUUAAUUUACCAUAACAGCUGUUAAGCCCAUUUGGCAAUAUUCAUAUGAAUAUUAUUUGAUAUCCAAGCAUCAGUUCACUUGCAUCUGUUAAAAUGCAGUUUAUAAAAUCAUUCCUCUGUAGUCAACCUCAGUGAGGAAAUUUUCUUGGAAAACAACUACGCCACUGGGAAAUUAAGUUGUGAAUAUUUUUAAACGUUAUCUCAUUUGUGUGGCUUUAUUUGCCAUUUUGACAUCAUUGAGCAUGUCUUAAAGCUUCCAAAGGGUUUUUGUUCAGUAUCUUUUCAGCUUGUUUCCAUUGUAUACUUUUUCCUUCACAGAAGCAUGAAAGAGAGGUCGCUUUACAUUGCGCAAUGUUAUCAGUUAACUUUGCACCUGCUAUAAAAGACGUAAUUCUGUGAAUGAUGACUGCUCUUUGACUAGUUUUCAACAAGUGUGCAGUUGUGACAUAUCUGUUCAACAUAGUUCUGGUAUCACUGGCAACCGUACAUGCUUUUAAAAUGUCAACCGUGAAGUGAAAGGACUGAAUAAAAAGGAUGGAAAUAACAA